UUUCUGAGAAGCUGCCAAUGAUCUUUGUCAUUUUUCCUUUCUUUCACAGAAAGGAGAGGAACACGGUACUUUUACAAAAAGACUUGUAGUAGCUAAGGCACCAGGACAAUGAAUUCACCUGCACUUUGGAAGGCCCCAGAAGUACAAGUCUGCUUUGCUUUGGUUAACAACUCAUGCCCUAGAAAUGUGAGGUCUGUGCUGACUGUCUCGGCCAUGUACACGGUCAUGAUUGGUGCCAUAGUGAUGACCAUACUGGGCAACCUGGUUGUGAUCAUUGCCAUCACUCACUUCAAGCAGCUCCACACCCCAACCAACUUCCUGAUCCUCUCCAUGGCCACCACUGACUUUCUGCUGAGCUGCGUGGUCAUGCCCUUCAGUAUGAUCCGUUCCAUCGAAUCCUGCUGGUACUAUGGAGAUCUCUUUUGCAAAGUCCACAGUUGUUGUGACAUCAUGCUCUGUACCACCUCCAUUUUUCACCUCUGCUUCAUCUCAGUGGAUCGUUACUAUGCUGUGUGUGACCCUUUGCAUUAUGUCAACAAAAUUACCAUCCCUGUCAUAGAGGUCUUUCUGCUCAUCAGUUGGUCUAUUCCCAUCUUUUUUGCCUUUGGCCUGGUAUUCUCAGAAUUAAACGUAAUUGGUAUAGAAGAUUUUGUUGCAGCCAUUGACUGCACUGGUUUGUGUGUGUUGAUAUUUAACAAGCUCUGGGGAGUUUUGGCCUCCUGUAUAGCCUUCUUUCUCCCUGGGACUGUGAUGGUGGGGAUUUACAUACACAUUUUCACAGUAGCCAGGAAGCACGCUAAGCAAAUCCACAUGGGUCCUAUGAGGAAAGAGGUUGGGUCAGAAGGGAGAAUGAAAGCAUCAUCCAAAGCAGAGAGCAAGGCCACCAAGACUUUAAGCAUAGUCAUGGGAGUGUUUGUGCUGUGCUGGCUGCCCUUCUUCCUCUUGACAAUUACAGACCCUUUCAUUAAUUUUACAACUCCUGAAGAUGUGUAUAAUAUCUGCCUUUGGCUGGGUUAUUUCAAUUCCACUUUCAAUCCUAUCAUAUAUGGCAUGUUUUAUCCUUGGUUUCGCAAGGCAUUGAGGAUGAUCGUCACAGGAAUUAUCUUCCACCCCGACUCUUCCACCCUAAACCUGUUUCCUGGACAUGCUUAGGCAAUGAAUGCUCUCUGUUCUCUAAGGUUCUUUCCUGUUUUUUUUUUCCCAAAAGGAUCUCAGGUGCUUUUUCCACCCCAAGGUAGGGACAUGUGUGGAGUAGAUCAGGAGAUUCAUCCAGCUGGUGUGACAGACACCUAAGUAGGAGCACUAAAUUGAGUCUUCUGGGCAUGCCAGAGCUGCCACAGUGGCUGAUUGCCGGGGCUCUGAGGAAAGCACCUCUAAUAAAAGAAACUCUCUUCCAAGGUUUGCUGACUCCUGAAGUUCUAAAAUUAGAGAUUCAGAAUUUCACUUAUUUGGCUUAAAUAAAAUAAUAACAAUCUUUUACU